GGAGCAAACAAGUUUGAAAAGAUUAAGAACGAUAUGAUAGCUAAAUGGGUUGGGAUCCCAAUGAGCAUCUUAGUGGUCUGCACUGCAGGAGCCUGUUACAACCUCUUUGCUUACUUCCAACAGAUUGGAGCACCAAAAGGAUAUAGCUCAACAACAAUGACAGCAAUCAAGUAUACCGUGCUUUUUGGGUAUUACCUUGGUUUGCUACCUGGACUAAUCAAUAGAGCGCUUGGAGACACAAUUGCUCUUUUUAUUGCAGCCUUCAUGGCUGUAGUGUCCUUCACAGCCCUAGGUUUCAUUGUUGAAGCAGACAAUAUGUUCGCAGAGAUCUCAAUGCUUGUGUUCUUGUUUACCGGAGCAAUGAGUGGUGGUAUUGCUACCAUUGCAGCUAUAGUAACUCCAGUUAAAAGUUUCCCAAAGAAUGCUGGAAUCUUGAUCAUUGUGAUCUUGAUCGGUUACUAUAAAAUUGCUCCUUACUUCGAGUUUGCUAUUAGAAGCGCCUUCUUUGAAGAGCCAGAUUUAAAAUGGUACUUCAUUGGAGUUGGGCUCAUCCAAGCACUUAUCUUCGCAGUUGGUGCAAUAGUGAUUAAAGAAGUAGAACUCGACGCUAGCAUUGAGAAUAUGAUAAAAAAAUACGAUGUGAUGGGCCUCCUGGCUUAUGUCCUCAUCGAAGUAAUCUUCUUCUGAGCUUUUUAUAUCGUUUCACUAAUCUAUGAGAACUGGUUUGUUGGCGGAAUCAUGUUCAUUGUUGUUCUUGUACUGAACUUUUUGACUGUUGGAGCAUCAUUCUAUAUCGUCUACUCAAAAGCUAAAUCUGCAGGACUGAAAGGACUCUCUUUGAAUAAAGAGAAGAGAAAGGAGAUCAAAUUUGAAGAAAUGCUGGGCACUCCUAAAUAUUUAUGUUUGGCAUUUUCUUCCCUCUGAGUGAUCGGAAUCACAUGCACUUUUAGUUUCAACAUCUUCCAGAUAGCCUUUGCAUUAGGAGAGAUCGACUCAGCUGAUAACUUGCUCGAUGCCUUCUGGGGAGCAGAUAUGUUUGGGCGUAUUGGUGGAGGACUUUGCGCUUAUUUCCUGAUUGAUUCUAUCAAUGGGUACAAGUGGGCUAUUGGAGCUGGAGCUUGCGCAGCUUUCGGCUUUGGACUAGCUCUUCUCACUGAGCCAGUUGGUGGUGUGUUCCUCUUCAUGGCUACCCUCUUGAUCGCCUUUGCUUCAGGACUUUUCUGGGUACUUGUACCUUCAAUUGUUAUGGAAGAUGCUGGAGAGACUAAUUUCGGACUUAACUGGGGAUUCACGUUGUUCUUGAAUGUUCUUGGAAUGCUAAUCUUUGGAGAAUUCUUUGAUUUUGUAUAUGAAUGGCAAGCAGGAAAUGAUAGCGGAAAAUGCUCUGGAGGAAGCUGUAUUCUUAUUCAAUUCAUCUUUUUCGGAAUCUUAGGACUUGUUGCUGCUGGACUUUGCUUCUACGCUCUUGGUGAAGACGAGAAAGGAGAAAAAAAGGAUGAUAAGAAAGACAAAAAAUCUAAAGAUAGAGGAAGAGGAAAAGACAAGGGCGGCCGAGACAAAAAGAACGGAAAGUCUAAGUCUAAAGAUAAGAACUCUAAAUCCAAGGAUAAAAAAUCAAAAUCCAAGAAUAAGAGCAAGUCAAAGAAGAAAUAAUUUU